AUUAAGGUUCGUCGUACGUAAUUUUACGUAAAGGCGCGCCUCUUGCGCGUGAAGGGCCCUUCGAUCGUCAUCCGCAACAUCUCAUGUGCGCAGUCGCGUCAGAAAGCGCUUUCAAAUCUGAAGUUUUGGCUUUCUUUGGUGUAAUUUGUAGUUUCGGUAGCCGGAGGAGGGGUUGGACUUGGCUCAGGACCGAAUGAAGUGUGUGAUCCUCCAGACCUAAAGAUGGCGCGAUGGCCGCCGCACUUCGAAAUGCGGAGAGGCGCGUUUCGAUUCCAUCUUGCUUCUUGUUCCUGAUUUCCAUGUUUAUAGAUCAGGUGUUCCCUUACUCGUUGUUUGUGAUCCUUUUGCUGUGAAGGCGAUUCAAGAUGAGUGUCUUCAAGGAGGCCGAGAGCUGGCACCUCGACAUUGACCGGUACCUUAACCGCGUCAUACCCGCCUCGCCAUUGCACAAGCUACCCACACCUGUGUCGAGGUUUCUGGGGUAUCGAAAAGAGCAGAAGCAAGACGUUGGGAAUGUCCUGGGGGCGUUCUGGUCACUAGUGGGAGCGUUCUGCGGGUUGGCUGUGGUCGCAGCAGUGUUCAACAACACUGAAAGCAUACAACGGCAUGCGCCACCUGCAUUUAUCGCAUCGUUCGGUGCAUCAGCAAUCCUUGAGUACAAUGCGGUCCGCUCACCCCUUGGACAGCCGCGCAAUGCUUUGCUCGGUCAUAUCUUCUCCGCCAUCAUCGGUGUGGGCGUCUCUAAGCUCUUCCAGUUACACUCAGAGUAUGAGGAGAUCAAGUGGAUAGCUGGCGCCAUAGGAUGUGCAUGCGCAUCUGCUGUAAUGCUUCUGACUGGUACCGUUCACCCACCUGGCGGCGCGUCUGCUGUACUCGCUGCUACUGAACCAGCAAUCACAGCAAUGGGUUGGUAUUUCGUUGGUCUCGUUGCAUGGGGAGCGACGCUGAUGCUCAUCGUGGGUCUCUUCCUCAACAACAUCCAGAGACAGUUUCCUGUAUAUUGGUGGACGCCACUAGACAUCAGAAGGGCAAAGAAGCAGGACCUCGAGACUGUGCCUGAUGCAAGAGGCGGCCUGGAGCGGAGAGAGACCGAAGAAGAACAGAAGUACGACCAACAAUAUGAGAAGAUCGAGAUCACGGGAGCCGAAGUUAUCUUGCCAGAGGCGCUGAGCCUGAACAAGGAUGAAGUAGAGUUGCUGGAGAGGCUGCGGGAAAGAUUGAGGAAGAUGGUGGACGCAGAGCGGGAAGGAAAAAAUGUUGAUGACACAGACUCGAGUGGUGGAAGGAGUAGCACAGAGUUUACCAUGGUGCAAUCAGGAAGCGUAGGAGCAAGAAGCAAUAGCGAAAGCAGUCGCAGUGGGAAGUGAUCCUUUGAGUAGUCCCACAUCUUCCACCUUAUCACGCCGCCCAUGCCUAAUUGGUAAGCCAUAGAUAAGGGUAAUGCACAACAUUUACGAUCU